CCCACCAUCACUUCAAGAGGAGACUGGGCCUCCCCUCUGGGUGCAAGAAACACCAUGUGCCAAAACCGGAGAGGACUUCCCACUGCCCCGUAGACUGCGAAACCUCUGGUGAACUUCCCCCUGUCCGGGGACCCGUAAAUUCUCCACGUUGCCCCGCCGGCCAAGAUGAAGAAGGUGGCGGCAUGGUUGGCAGAGGACGUCUAUGACUGGCUGAUCAAAGAGGGGAUGCCAGAGUACAUCGACGCCCUCCGGCAGACGGACGGCCCCGCUCUGCUCAGGCUCAACGAGGUGCACUUCCAGAUGCCCCCCAUCUCGCUGGUGUCGUCCGACGGCGGGCAGCAGCUGCUGGAGCGACUGGAGACGCUGCGGAUAGAGAAUCACAUCGAGGCUCACAAAAACGGCCACGCAAACGGACAUGCCGGCGGGCUGCCUAACGGGACUAGCAAGCCUCAGAGGAACGGCACGAUGGGGAUGGAGAUGGUCCACAUCCCCAUCCCCACGGUAGAAACUAUGCGCACCUCCUUCCCCAUCGAGUGGGGGAAGACGGGCAUAGCGUUCUUCUACGCGGUGGUGUGCUUUGUGGCCACCACGGUCGUCAUUUCGGUGGUUCAUGAGAGGGUACCGGCGAAGGAGCACACCCCGCCGCUACCCGAUAAGUUCUUCGACCUGUUUGACCGGGUGGAGUGGGCCUUCUCCAUUUGUGAGAUUAACGGCAUGCUGCUGGUGGGACUGUGGCUGAUACAGUGGAUUCUACUCAAGCACAGGUCUAUUAUAGGCAGGCGAUUCUUUUUCAUUGUGGGCACACUCUAUCUGUACCGGUGUAUUACAAUGUACAUCACCACUCUGCCUGUUCCGGGGAUGCACUUCAAAUGCUCUCCAAAGCUUCUCGGGAACUGGGAGGUGCAGAUGAGGAGAAUAAUGAAGAUGAUUGCUGGUGGGGGCCUCUCCAUCACAGGUUCCCACACCAUGUGUGGAGAUUAUCUGUACAGUGGCCACACCGUCAUGUUAACGCUAACGUACCUCUUCAUCAAGGAGUAUUCCCCAAAGCGGUUCUGGUGGUACCACUGGUUUUGCUGGAGCUUGAGCGCUGUGGGGAUUUUCUGCAUCCUUCUGGCCCAUGACCACUACACUGUGGAUGUGGUGGUUGCAUACUUUAUCACUACACGCCUCUUUUGGUGGUACCACACUAUGGCCAACCAGCAGUCGCUGAAGGAGACGUCUCAGAGCAACUUGUUCUCUCGUGUGUGGUGGUACAGACUAUUCCAGUACUUCGAGGAGAACGUCAGCGGCACGGUGCCUCGCAACUAUCAGGCGCCGUUGUCAUUGCGAUCGCUGCAGUGGAGCCGCGGCGUGAAGUACAGCAAACUGGACACCCAGUGAUCCCUGUCCUGUUGAAGCAAGCGAGGACUAUGACUUCCAUAAGUGCUGUUUUUACCCGAUGGAAGACGGCACUGACAAACGUAGCGCUGACCUUUCACCUCCAGUAACAGACACAUCCCUGUCCUCAUGGGUAGCACUGUGACCCACCCGGCUCCUCUUUUAGUUUCUUUAGUUGUUCUUCUUUCUCUUCUGGUAGUAUUGCCACCACAGAGCACUAAUUUAUAUUUGUUUUGUGUGAUUUGUUUGUUUUUUCCUCGUCGUGGGCCACACACCGGUUUAUGAAGCAUUUCGACAAACUUCUCAAAGAUUUUUUUGGGCCACAAGGACUCUAAACUUUUCCCCUUUCUGCACAAAACCGUAGUUAACGUCCUCGUGUUCUUACAAAAUAGUGUCGAUCAUUUGAUAACCAAAAUGCCAUUAGCAUUUUUCUUUUCUUUUUUUUUUUAUAGCAAAUUACUUUUUGUAAACUGUCCUUGCUAAAAUGAGUCAACGGUGCAAAAAAAUAUUUUUUUUUAGUAUGUCAAACUUUAUUUUUCAAAAAGAAAUGAUGUCCAACAAAAGAUUUUUAGAUUUUUACCUUUUUCAAGAUGGAUAACAGAGCAUAAGAAUCUAAUGUGGUAUAACGUACUUCCAGUGCCUUUCUAGCUUGAUUGUAAAACAGUUCAAGUACUCCGUGUCUUGUGUCUCCGUGCUGCGGCACGAGGUGGUACUUCGCUAACAGUCUCGUUCCCAUGAAUGUAAAAACAACUACGCCAGCCUUACCACAAGAUUGGUUUUCACACAAAUUAAGUGCAGUGAGUGAAAUGUCCUGUUUAUUUAUUGAUGCUUUAUGAUGUCAGUUUGUGCUUCGUUGGAUAAUGCGGUUCCAGCAAAAGAAAAAAAAAAAAAAAAAGACUGUUAAUUGUAUUUUUCUUUUUGUCUGUAACAUUAGAUUUUUUUACCAAUCAGUCUUUAACCAACACCAGCCAUGUUCAAAGCCUGAUCAUUGAUGCUAAAUUGUCUGUUAGUUUUACUUUUCCACAACUACAUUAUUUGCAAAACAUCACUUCCUGAUUGGAAAUAGGAGACGACGUGUCUCUGAGGUGCCGAGUUUAGUUAUACUGGACCUUUUGACAUGUCUGUGCAUCGUCAUCAUCAGUGUCUCCUCUCUUGUUCCCCACAUUGAGUCCCAUUUUGACACCAGAUUCAUCCUCAUUACUGUCUGGUCUUGUAACCUUUGUGGGGGUGAUGAGAUCUAGAGGAAAAUGUUCAACGUCAACACUGGUGUUAGGGAAUCUUAGAGUAUAAAGUUUCUGAGCAUGUCUGUAAUGAAUCUGUGUGAGUACUUUGUGUGGUUUGUCACGCACUAAAUCGAGCUGCUACCUUCCAGUUUAAAAACUAGAAGCAGCAAACACUCGACAUGGAACUUGUGUGUUUGUGGGGAAGAAGCUGAAGCAUGAUGCACAGAGCUGGUGAUGUAUUUGACCGUGUGUGUGUGUGUGUGUGUGUGUGUGUGCAGGAUGACAUUGAUUUCCAUUAAUGUGAAAAAGUGUCUUUAUUGAUAAUCCUAAUCAUGUACAUGUUGGCUUUUUUUUUUUUUUGUAUAACUAUGAACUGUAAAGAAUACAUGUUGCACAAGUUCAUCCGUAGGGAAAGAUUUAACGUUUUGUAAAACUUUAAUUUCAAGUUAAACUGAUAAGCUUUGAUAAAGAGAAACUGCACUAAGCUUUAGAUUAUACAAAUCCCAAAUAAAUAUUAAGGAUGAUGUGAUUUAAUUUCUUUAAACUGUAUCUAAAGAAGGUGGUGAGAAAAUAGCAUUACUUCCAAUUGACUAAGCCGAUACCUUUUCAAUGCCGACAAGAGUCUUGUUUGAGACAAAUGUCCCGUAGCGUUGUCCAAUCAUUUCACUUAAAGAACGGUUUCUCAGUUUUUAAAAGCACAGCAGGUUCCUCACAUUCAGACAUUUUUUGAUUUGAAGUAACAGUCCAAACACGGCUCUCUAUUAAUGUCUUAAGGGUCUGGUAAGGAUGAAAGUUGGAGUUAAUGUUUAUCUUCUUGUUUGCCAAUCAAGUUGGAUUUAUUUUUUCAGCGUUUGUUAUCCUCGUAUGUUCCUCUGUAAACUUCUCAACAGCGUUGUCCCAGUUUGUGUGUAUCCCAGAUAUUUGUAAGAUAAAGGAUUGUACUUGGGACGCUUUUGAAUAAAACCUUUUACUAAAAUGUA